CGGGGCUUCCUGUCCCAGAUCGCAGGGGUGAGACAAUAAAGAUCCGAGCAGCAGCAUUUCCAUUAAUAUCAGCAUAGCUGGACUUUAUCUGUGAUUUCACUGACACGCACAGCAGUUAGACUUAUUUAUUAAAUCCUUAAAUCAAAUAGAUCCCAGAAAAACAUUGGGACUUCUGAGCACAGAAAUGGUGAUGGAGAAGCCCAGUCCCCUGCUGGUAGGGCGGGAGUUUGUGAGACAGUAUUACACGCUUCUCAAUAAAGCACCAGACUUUCUGCACAGAUUUUAUGGGCGGAACUCAUCCUAUGUCCAUGGUGGACUGGAUGCCAAUGGAAAGCUUUCAGAGGCAGUCUAUGGGCAGGCUGAGAUCCAUCAGAAGGUGAUGUCCCUGCAGUUCAGUGAGUGCCACACAAAGAUCCGGCAUGUGGAUGCACACGCCUCUCUGAGCGAUGCUGUGGUUGUGCAAGUCAUGGGAGAACUGUCCAACAACGGCCAGCCCAUGAGGAGGUUCCUGCAGACAUUUGUUCUGGCUCCAGAGGGUUCUGUGGCAAAUAAGUUUUAUGUUCACAAUGAUAUCUUCCGAUAUGAGGACGAGGUCUUCGGUGACUCCGAGGCGGAGCUGGAUGAAGAGUCGGAAGAUGAAACUGAUGAGCCAGAAGACCGGCAACCGUCGCCCGAACCGCUCCUGGACAGCUAUGAAGCCCAUGCUGUCAGCUGUAACAACGGUGUGGAAGAAGCUCACGAGGAAGCGGCUCUGGAGCUAGAGCCCGAGGUCGCCGAGGAGCCCAAGAUCGAGGAGCCGAAGCUCAAGGCAGAGGAGAAGAUGGUAGAGGAGUUUGAGGAGAAAGCACCAUCUCCUGAUCCUAUGGAAUCACCACCUAACAUACAGGAACCACCCAAAACUUCGUCUUGGGCUUCAGUGACCAGCAAAAACUUGCCUCUCGCUGGGACUGUUCCGUCCUCUGGAGCUCAACCACAUGUUAUUAAAGCACCAAACUCACAGCCCAGAGUUGAGGCCAAGGCAGAGCUGUCAUCAGCGUCAAUCCGUCCACGUGACCAGCGCAUCCGAGACAGACCCUCAGUGACCUCCAGAGGGCCGAGAUCUGAUGGCGUCUCAUCUUCUGACUCUCAGACGGGAAAGCCACUUUUCAGCUUCGUAAAUAAAGGAAGGGCUGAUGAUUCGAGUGAAGUGGACAGCAGAAGGGUGCUCCGGUAUCCAGACAGUCAUCAGCUGUUUGUUGGCAACCUCCCUCAUGACAUCGAUGAGAGUGAGCUCAAAGACUUCUUCUUGACCUUUGGAAAUGUGGUCGAGCUGCGAAUCAACACCAAAGGCACUGGAGGAAAGAUUCCCAACUUUGGCUUCGUUAUCUUCGAUGAUUCUGAGCCGGUGCAGAGAAUUUUAGGCGUUAAACCCAUCAUGUUCCGUGGCGAGGUGCGUCUGAACGUGGAGGAGAAGAAGACGCGUGCGAUGCGCGAGCGGGAAACCCGUAGUGGAGCAGAAGACCGGCGGGACGCCAGGCGCGGUGACUGGGCUCCGGGGGGACCCCGUGGCUUCAUGAUGCGCGAGCGGGAAGCCAGGGGCCCCCCGUCACGUGCCGUGGCCCCUGGGAGGAGCGCGGGUUCCAGUGAGGGCCGCUUCACCGCUCCGAGGCGUUGAGAGGAGCUCCCUUCAUUCAUCUCCAUACUGAGAAGUCUACGUGAAUGCAUACUUGAGUUUUCUGCGUUUUUACUCCUUGUGUUGUACACUUGCGUUUUUGCCUUUGGAACGAGAAACAGAUCAACAACUUGAACAACCUCAUGAUUCAAAACACAGUUCACUUUCAGUUGGAGUUGUGUUGCAAGUCCUCUGGGUUGUCAUUUAUCGAACGGUUGCACACUUUGUAGGGAAACGAGUCUGUAGAAGUACCCUUCUUUGACAUUUCGUGUUAGAUUACCCUCCAGUUGCUAUUGGUGUAAAAUGUGCAGACUGAAGGGUCGAAGGCCUUUUUGAAAAUUAUUUUUAGUUUGUUUUUCAGGCUGUUAUUUAGGUUGUUUCUCUUUUCGGCUCAUGAAUAAGCGAAAGGUUUUUCUUUUUUAAUGUACAGAUUUGGCAGCGUUUUUCCUUUGUCUUCUGGGUCUGCCUGAAUGAGGGAACGGAGCACUUAUAGAAGCGUUUGUAAAGUGGAAAGAUCAAGAUUUUUGUGUCGGGAUUUUUUUUGGGAUUUAUGCUGAAUGUUUUUCUUAAGGCAGAGCCACUUUAUUAAAUUUAAAUUCUCA